GGAUUGUGUCUUGACAGAGCUCACCAUGAAAAACCAAUUUACCAUAUUUUCUGGUAAGAACAGAACUGCAAUCAAUUUCUCCACAUGAAGAAGACCUCCUAGGAAUUUUCAAAUGUUGAGAGACUAAGGUGAUCUUGAUUUGUUUGUUAAAAGUCUCCCAGGGAAAGGAAGUGACGUAGAAUCCAUAGUGGUGGUUGCGCCCAGCUUCAUUUACUCUCAAAACACACCACUACCACUACAGGGUGAAGAUCGUGUCUCGACUCGAUUUACUGCGCUAUUGGGAAGUUAGACUAAGCCAAGGAUUGACAGAUUUUAUCUUUCWAAGUAAUUCAGUGCCAUGAUAGAAAAUAGCGACACUCAUGUUGUUCUGGAGUGAGAAAUUCAAGCUGUAUUGGAAUGGAGUCGAGACGGACUGGUCAAGCCGAAAAUGGCCACGCGAAUGACUCUCGUUGGCAAGAUGACUAUGAUGAAUCAAUAAUCAACGAGUUAUUACAAGGCAGAGAAGAUCCUUCGCUUAAAGGUCUUGAUAUGGGACUCAUAAAGCGAGAUACAUUCGAGAGAACUCGGUCGGCAAUGGCGGCUAUUAACCCAACAAUUGCAAGUAAAGUUUUACCCAAGACUGUUAACCAAUCUCGUGAAGAAAAAGCAGCCAUUUGYAUUCAGUCACAUGUCAGGGGUUUUCUGGCAAGGCGUCUUUAUAUCGAUCUUCUUUAUGAGCAAUAUGAAAAGGAGGAGCAGGAAAGACUUGAGAGGGAAAGACAACAAGUUGAGGAAGGAGAACUCCUUGUAGAAAACUAUAGAUUACAAACAGAAAUGAAUGACAAUACCUGUAUCAGGAGAAAUCAAAGAAGAAGUUUGGAUUGUACUGCUGUAACAAUUCAAAGAGCAUGGCGAGAUUAYAGAAGAAAGAAAUAUCAAGAUAGCAUCAAAUUACCCAUUCAAGCAUCAAACCCUUUAUCAUCAGUAGUUGAUAACAUAGAAACAAACCUUAUGAUAAGAACAAAUCCUUUUCAAAAAAUAAAUAAUCAUGAAGAUUAUAAUGAAGAAGAAGAAGAGGAUCAAAAUGAUAUUUUUAAUGACAGUCUUGAGCARGCAACUGAGGACCUUCUAAGACCACACCUGUCAGCAACGUCUGAUUUUGAUUAUCAUGAUAGUGAAAUCUCAGAGUAUAGUCCAACUGACAUWGAYACCAUGGAGUUUCCUUCACCCACAACAGACUGGGAAUCAAUAGAAUCUUGUUUAAACUCAAAAGGAGAAAAUCARGACAAUCAAAACUUGGAAUCUUCAGAUUUAACUGAUAAAAGAUUAACAGACUUCAGUAUAAAAGCAAGCGACCUCAAAAUUUGUUUUGUGGAUGAUGCRUUAAGUGAUGAUGGYGAUGAAGAUGGGUUAGAUAUCAAAGAAUAUGUUAUAGAUAAACAAGAAAUUGAAGAUGAAGAGAAAAGAGACUCUGGUUGUGUUGCUGGUGAUGAGGAGGAAAAGGAAUCAUUUCGUAUUAAGACUGUUAGCCCUGAUGAACUUGUUAAUACUUCACUGUCUGAGCAAGAGUCUCAGCAUGUGAUGUUAGAGCUAUCAAGACAUGAACAAAACCAGGAAAAGAAACUAACUGUACAGGGCUGGACAGUUGAAAAGUUACAAACGCUAAUGCUUCAUGAGAUAAGAGCUCUGARGGAAAACUUAUCACAGUUAAUACAAGCACAAAAUGAGGUUCUUGUAAGAGAAUUGAUGAUGAGAGAUGCACUCCACCUCAAGCAGGAUUCUAUGUUGUUAGAGGUUGAGGAUACAACUAAAAAUGAGGAACAAGAGAGCACAAGCAGCUGAUGCUAAUUAAACUCAUUAAUAAACCACAAUAUUAGCUGUACAUAAUAGAUUGAUUAUAAUCAUUCAAUAAUUAAUUAAUUAUUAUCAUUGUAUGUUGAUGUCUAUACCCAUACUUUGUAAUCUUACCCUCUAAUAUCAAUAAAUGAUAAUAAUUUUAUGGCCAUUUACUUCUGUAAAUGUGCCUGUGGGUCCAUUUCUUGAAAGUCAUUGUUUGUUUUAACACCGAUAUUAAACCUAAAUUGUUAUAUUUUAUAAGAAAAUAAACCUUUCUUUAAUAUUUGUGGUUAUGUUGGAAAUGUUUCUGGCUAUAAAAUAACAAAAAAAAAAUAUUUUGACAACAACUUUACAUUUGUCAAAGGCAGCAAUAUUGUAGUCUGUAUGGAUGAUAUAUGUCUGAAAAAAGUGUGAAUGUUUGAAAAAGGGAUGGAUGUACCAGGCCUGUAAGCUGUGUCGAAAAUCAUGGGGUUCAUUCCCAAGUAGCACAGACCUUUAUCAUAUGACAUUUCACAUGUUGCUAAUUCAAGUGUUUCAUCUCAGUAGAAUGCUGAAUGCAGGGUAACACACAAAUGUUUUUUGUUGUUGUCGAAUACAACAAAGGCGCUUUUUGGUCUGUUUGGGAAUUACUUGAACCUCCGCAACCUGCAGGCCUGUGAACAGACCAAGGAGUGAAUAUCUGACAAAAUGAAUAAGUUAUAAAAUCAAUGAUUCAUAGAUGAAUAACAUGAAGCACACAGAACAAUGAAAAGUCGAUUAAAAAUGAAAGAAUGGAUGUAAAGAUGAAUGAGAGACUACAUAAUGACAGACAUUUUACACUUAACACAUCUGAUUGAAACUGACUCCCAACCCUCGGGUAAUACUGGAAAAGUCACAUUUCCUUAUUUGMCCUGUUGCCUCCCUGUGGGAUGAUGUCAUUAAAAAAGCRUAACAUCCCCUGCUCUAGUGUAUAAAUUUAAUAACAUUCCCUAACUUUCAUGAAAUGACCCAGGCUAUGCAACAAUCUGUUAACAAGAAAAAAUAAAAUAAAAUUGAUUAGUGGUUUUAAUCUAUAAAAUUAAUCUG